AUGGCUAUGCAGGCAGUAAAAUCGAGCAUUUUCAAAGACAUCCUCGACUCGGAAGACAAAGGCCCGCCUAACGAGUCAAUAUCAUUGUCCGAACUGAAUAACAAAGAGCUCCAAUCUCUAUUUGAGUUCCUAUACAGUGGGAAUCUCCCGAAAGAUAUGGUCGAAAAACACUUGUACUCAUUGACAAUGGCUGCAAACAAGUACGAACCCCUCCGAAAGGUAUGUGAGCAUCACCUUCGAGAAUCCUUGAGCAAGUCCAACGCGCUCGAUAUUUUAGAAAUAUCCGACAAAUGUUCUAACAAAUCCUUGAAAGAUAGCACAUUGAACUUCAUUGCAACAUAUUUUAAGGACAUCGUUUUUUCCGAGCAAUAUGAUGCUUUCGCGAUCAAGAAUCCUCAUUUGGCCUUGGAGAUUACAAGGGCUUCCUUUGUGGAAUAA